GGUCGGGGGCGAGGCCGCGGAGCUCGCGGAGUCAAGGCCCGAGGACAAGGAGUGGAUGCCUGUCACCAAGUUGGGCCGCUUGGUCAAGGACAUGAAGAUCAAGUCACUGGAGGAGAUCUAUCUCUUCUCUUUGCCCAUCAAGGAGUCUGAGAUCAUCGACUUUUUCCUUGGUGCCUCUCUGAAGGACGAAGUUCUGAAGAUCAUGCCUGUGCAAAAGCAGACUCGCGCCGGCCAGCGGACUAGGUUCAAGGCGUUUGUUGCCAUCGGGGACUACAAUGGCCACGUCGGUCUAGGUGUUAAAUGCUCCAAAGAAGUAGCCACCGCCAUUCGGGGGGCCAUCAUCCUGGCCAAGCUGUCCAUUGUCCCUGUGCGGAGAGGCUACUGGGGGAACAAGAUUGGCAAGCCCCACACUGUCCCUUGCAAGAGGCACUGGCAUCGUCUCGGCCCCGUGCCUAAGAAACUGCUCAUGAUGGCUGGCAUUGAUGACUGCUACACCUCAGCCAGGGGCUGCACUGCCACCCUGGGUAACUUCGCCAAGGCCACCUUUGAUGCCAUCUCUAAGACUUACAGUUACUUGACCCCUGACCUCUGGAAAGAGACAGUGUUCACCAAGUCUCCUUAUCAGGAAUUCACCGACCAUCUCGUCAAGACCCACACCAGAGUCUCCAUGCAGAGGACCCAGGCU